CCCAAAGUUUCAAGAACAUUUUUUUUCAAUGAUGAAAGAGAGAUGAUAUAGCAACUCUGUCACAUGCAACAUCCAGGUAUGUAGGCGAAGAUUUUGACAAACGAAACAGUUUGAAACACGACAAUGUUUAUUUUAACCGUCGUUGACUGAUAGCCAUUGCUCUUUGACUGACAAAACUAUUUUUACCCCGGUACGUGACUUCAGAUCCAAUCUUGUAUCGAUUUCUGUCAUCGUUCCAAUUGAUAGGGAAAUGUUCUUUGAGCCGGUUCGGUUUUGCUGUUUCUUGUUUAAAUUGUUUCAGUUUACUGGUAAUUUGCCUUUUAUUUUUGACGAACAGCGCAAAAUUUUCCUGCUGUCAAAAUGGCUUGUUCUGUGGACUAUUAUCUUACUCAGUCUGGCAACCAUCAUACUAGGAAGUGGUUACACGUAUAUUUAUUUUCCACGACUCAGCAAGCAUAUGUUGCAUGAUUUACUCACUGUGAUACAAAUCUCAAUCAACUACUGUAUUGUAUUGUCUUCUUACGUAUCUGUUUUAUUAUUCUUGAACAAACUUGGAAAAGUUUUGAAUCAGCUUUGUUUUCUGUUUCGUAAAUUGUUAAAUGAAGAAGUAGAUUUUGAUAAAAGGCUACUGCGGAAGUUGCAGUGCAAAAUAUUAUUCGUCCAUUGUUUUCUGUACAUACUAGCAAAUAGCCUCUAUCUUUUAACUUCUCCAGACUACAAACAUACAGAGUUUUAUGUUCUUGUUCUUCAUUUCAUCGGAGAAGUCCUUAUGUUCGUCCCUGUCUGCUUCUUCGAGUAUUUUAUCGUCGUGGGAUCAGUAUUGUAUCGCAACAUCAACCAUCAGGUAGUCCAUGCCGUUGGAUUGCUGCGCGAUUUCGAUAAAAACGCUGCCUACUGGGAUAAACAUAAGAUUCGAAAAACCAGGCUAUGUUGCAGAGUGGGGAAACAAAUACUCGAUCUCUGCGAGUUACACUGUAAAACCAAUGAGGCGUUGGAUCAGAUUACCCAAAUUCUUUCUCUUCCGAUUAUGCUUGUUUCGAUGUACGAGUUUAUACUGAUCACAUCAUCGGUCUACUACACGUACACAUCAGUUGUGGACGAUCUUCACCUUGGAUAUCCUGCAAACUACAUUGGAUACUCGAGCACCUUGAUGUACGCGUUCGGUUUAUCAUGCCAAGUCUACUUCAAAGCAUCGUUCUGUGAACAAGUCACACGAAGAGCUCAACGUACUGGAAGCCUGUUAAACGAGUUCAUCAUCGCUGAUGUCGAUGAGACAGUUGAUCUUUGCGUUGAAAACUUUUCCCUGGAAUUGCUACACCAAAACUUUGCAAUUGAAAUUUUCGGAUUGUUUUCGGUGAAUAUGCGGCAUGUGUACGAGUUGGUUGCAACUAUGACGGGCUACCUCAUCAUAUUGGUGCAAGUGCAAAUGACUGCUGAUUACUAAUCAUGUGAGAGCCAUGUGUAACAGACAACAUGUUAUGCAAUGUACUUUUUGAUGAUCUGUUGUUAUCUGUGUCUAACAUUAAAUAAAGAUUAUUAAAUAACAUAAAAAGUUGUUUAUGUUUUUAGUACAACAAAUAUAAAAUGCUAUCAAUAGAAGAAGAAACGAUUUAAAACAGUCUGUUAUUUUCUAUUCUAUGCCACAGCGUAGCACAGAAUAAUAAAUGUUUUGGAAUCAUCUUCACAGUUAUCUUAACACUCAAUAUAAACGCACCUUACGCCACGCCUACCAUACGGCAAUCCACGCGCCAACGCGAACCUCUGCCGAUCAACCAUUUCCUAAACACUCUG